AUGCGCGACACAGCUGCAGUAAUUCACCGCAACGGCCAGGGCUCCCCCGAUUACGUAAUUGUCCUGACCUUCGAAUUCAGCCAGGAAUCCAACCAAUGGGUUGGCCUCUGCCUUGAGUUAGGCACAUCCACUUUCGGGGACACCCUGGAACAAACCCGACUGGAACUUCAGGAAGCUGUUGAGCUCCAACUGAACGAAGUGGAACGGCUUGGCUAUAUCGAAGACUAUCUGGCCGAGAACCACGUGCGUGCUGUGCCUAUAGAUGCAGUUACGACCUCUGGAUUCGCCGUGGCCGGGGACAUACGGUAG